UUGGGUGUCUGCUCAGUUCCAAGCUCUUCCCCGGCGAUUUUCCUCCCUCCCGCGGCCUCUCAGACAGCGAUGCAAUUUUGGAGAACAGCCACGCCACAGUGGAGGGCGGGGACAGGGGCUGGGCCCCAGCAAGCCUCUCCUUUGUCCGCCUUGGGGUUGGCUGAUGCAACGUGGCCACGCUUGCAAAGACUGAGCGCUGUCGCCUGCUCUUCAGGUGUCCGGGCGGGAAUCGAGCGCACCGGGGCGCAAAAAAGCCAGGCUCGAAUCCUUUUGCUUUGCAGAGGAGUCAGCAAGUGUGGGUGUAUGUGUGCGAUUCAUUACACAGACAGUUAUUUUGGACAUUCUGUGCUCCUGCAUACACAUGUGUGACUGUAAGCGAGUGCAGAAGUAUCAAAAUGUGCUUGAAUGCUGUAAGGUGGCUGUGACUGAACAUUGGUGCAUACGGCGGAAGGCUUCACUGCACGCAAUUGAGAUCACCUGUCUGUAUUAGUAGCUUGUUAGUGUGAGUGUGCAGCUGGGCUUGUAUAAACUGACUUAGUGAUGUGUACAUGGUGUGCUCACGUUUAAGUGUGUAAACGUGUGGAUUUGUGACUAUGCAACAGUGUGAGUGUGGAAUCACACAGGCGUAAAGGCAGAAGUUGUGUGUGUGCAUCCUUGAACCAGUUGGCCAGGUACCUGAUACACACGGGUGCCCUCACUGGAAGAAGUAACUAUUGCAUUUGCUAAUGUGCAAGAAGUGUAUACACUUGCUUGUGUAAACAGUGUGCUUUCAGCCUUUCGAACUCUUUUGUUCACAAAACUGUGUGCUCGGGCAGGCAACUGUAUCAGGAGCAUAUUUGUGUGUGCAUGCGUGUGCAAGGCUAGGAUAUAAAUGUGUGAGUGUGCAAGGGCGAAAGUACUUGACUGUGUGCACCGUUUGUGAGUGUGCUGCAUCUCCAUUCCACCAAUGGAGAAGUCCAAAGCUGACCUAGAAUCUGGAGCAACCCCGGAAAACGAAUCCAACCAGGAGCUGUUUCCUGAUGAACCUGACACCCGGCCUGCUUGGGGAUCCAAGGCCCAGUAUAUCCUGGCCCAGGUUGGCUUUUCUGUUGGACUUGGCAAUGUCUGGCGGUUCCCCUACCUUUGCCACCAAAAUGGGGGAGGAGCUUUCCUACUGCUGUACCUGCUGCUCCUCCUGGUCAUCGGGAUCCCACUCUUCUUCCUGGAACUAGCGGCUGGGCAGAGUAUCCGCCAGGGCAGCAUCGGGGUCUGGAAGUACAUCAACCCGCGGCUCGUGGGCAUCGGCUUUGCAAGCUGUGUGGUUUGUUCCUUCGUCGCACUUUAUUAUAAUGUCAUCAUUGCAUGGAGUCUGUUCUACCUAUUUAACUCCUUCCAGUUUCCCCUGCCCUGGACAAAUUGCCCAGAAACAUCCAACCAAACUGUCCCAGAAACGGAGUGUGCCGGCAGUUCUCCCACCACCUACUUCUGGUAUCGUAACACCUUGGAUGUGACCAACUCCAUUGGGGACGAUGGAGGUCUUGACCCAGCCCUGGCUGGCUGCCUCUUUGCUGCCUGGGUUCUGGUGUGCCUUGCCAUGAUUAAGGGCAUCAAAUCCUCCGGCAAGGUUCUGUAUUUCAGCUCCCUGUUCCCCUAUAUUGUUCUCUUCUGCUUCCUUGUACGGGCAUUGCUACUAGAAGGGGCAGCUGAUGGAAUCAGGAUCAUGUUCACACCCAAGCUUUCCAUCUGGGGAGAUAUGCAGGUCUGGCGCCAGGCAGCUACCCAGGUGCUCUUUGCACUGGGCCUGGGAUUCGGCACCAUCAUCGCCUAUUCCAGCUACAACCCACGGCACAACAACUGCCACUUCGACGCGCUGCUCGUGGCCGGAGUCAACUUCCUUACCUCAGUGCUGGCUACGCUGGUAGUAUUUGCCGUGCUGGGCUUCCGAGCCAACAUCAUCACACGGAAGUGCGUCGAAAGGAAUACAGAGAAGCUGUUCAAUGGCUCCCUCCAUGCCGUGUAUCCGAUCCCAGGGAACUUCUCGGACCUCUCUGUCGCUCAGUACAGCACCUGGUAUCAGGGCCUCCCGGAUGAUGUGCAGGAGCAAUUGCGGACUUUGGGUGUCGUUGACUGUCGCGCAGAGGAUGAGAUGAACAAGGGCGUGGAAGGCACAGGGCUGGCAUUCAUCGCGUUCACGGAAGCCAUGACCCUGUUUCCAACGGCCCCAUUCUGGUCCGUGCUGUUCUUCUUCAUGCUGCUGAACCUGGGGCUGAGCACCAUGCUGGGAAACAUGCAAGGGAUCAUCACCCCCUUGCUGGACAACUUCCACAGCCUACAACGUCGGCGGACAAUCUUCACAGUGGUGUGUUGUAUUAUCGGAUUCUUGCUGGGCCUCCUUUUCGUUCAGCGCUCAGGAAACUACUAUGUGACCAUGUUUGACGAUUAUUCAGCCACCCUGCCCCUGCUUAUCGUCGUGGCUUGCGAAGCUAUCGCCGUGGCCUGGAUCUACGGAACUGACAGGUUCUUAAGCGACAUCGAAGCUAUGCUGGGCUGGCGACCUUGGCGUAUCUACCACUACAUGUGGCGCUAUGUUAGCCUGGCAGCCAUGUUGUGCCUGCUGUUUGCAAGCUUGGUGCGCAUGUGUUGGAAGCGGCCCACCUACCAGGCCUGGAACAGAGAAAAGGCAGCUGAGGAGCAACUGGAAUACCCCGCCGGGGCUUUGGGCCUUCUCAUCAGCCUCAUUGUGGUGGCUGCUCUUCCCAUCCCGGCCAUGUUCCUCCGGCAGCUGUUGAAGGAGUGGUUUGCCAAACGGAGCAGCUGGCCUGGACUGGAGGUAGCACCUCUACCCACAGAAGAGAAAGAGGAGGAGGAGGGGGAGGAGGAGGAGAAAGAGGAGAGGGAAGAAAAAGAGAGCCCAGCUGAUCCUGAAUAUAAGGGCAAUGGUUACUUGCCUGUCCAGACAGAAGACAUGCAGGAGUGAUGGUGGCGGGGAGCACCUGGCUGGGAUGUGCCAUAAGGAAACCGCGACCCGUCUGAACUCCUAAACCCCCUUGGCCGCUACUGCGUCUUCCUGACUCUGACUUCAUUGGUAUCUGGAUUGUAUGUGUUUGGACUCUGCUGGUGCUGUUUGUAUAGUGGGCAGAUGCUGAAGGAGGUCACUGCGGCUUUUUUUAAAAAAAAGAAAAAAAGGGAAGGGCUUUAUGAUGAUUUGGACAUCAAAACAGUGGAUGCCUCCAGCCCAGCUCUUCAGACAUACCAGAUGCCACCGCCAAGGACAUGAAAACCUGAAAGGCAGCUGGAGGACACAAAGAAUCUCAAAAUGUUUAAAUUUUAGGUGAGGGCAAACCGAGCUGUAUGGCUGGAUCUUAAAACGGUGGCGAACCAACUGGUGACUUAAGACUCCAGCAGACUCCAUUUCCUCCCUGGAAGACAGCUCCAUGUGGUUAUCACUUCCAUUAAAACUGUAGAGAGAUUUGAGAACUGGGAUUAUUGGUUUUGGGCGGCUGUGUUCAAAGGGAGAAUGCAAGAACUGUCUGGAUUCAAGAAGACAACAAAGGCAACAAAGAUCUAGUGGGGUUGAUUGUUAAAGAUUUCUGCUGUAGUGAAUGGCUUUAUUUGGCCACAUUCAUCCCCCGCUUAUGCUUGCUUCUCCCUACAUGCCCCCUACAUAUUGCCCCGCUGUCUGUUUUAAAUUAUAAGCUGCUUGGGGGCAGUGACUUGACUGCGUUUUGCCUAUGAAACUCUGUAAAGCAUCACGUACAUUGAUGGUGCCUUAUGAAUAAUACUAAGCUGAAUAUUGAGCACAUGUGCACAUGCAUGCGCGCACACACACAUCUAUCUUGGUGUCGGACCACAAGCUUUUGUCCUUUCAUGCCAGAGUACACAGGAAGCAAAACUUGGGGCCUGCAGCACAUAAAUGUCAGUGGGUAACAUCCAGACUAAGUUAAUCAUAACCAAGUGCCAUUGCUUUGUCAUGAGUAAUGACUAGUCAUGACUAGUGCUUAGUCAUGACUAGCUGGCCUGGCUGUUGCCCUGUAUCUCCCACAACUUGGCUAAGAAGAUGGUUAAACUGCAGGCUUUUGUUUUGAACUGGUGCAGGAGAAAGGACUUGCGAAAAGCUGCACCCGUUAGAUGUCUCCAGGUUACAUAAUUAUUAAUAGCACAGAGCCCCUGUCGUGGGCGGGGGGGGGAAGGAACCAAUUCUAUCUUGUUAUGAUUGUGAGAACAAGCCAGUGUGGUGUAGUGGUCAGCAUGUUUGUAAGACCAGAGUUCGUCCCCACUAAGCCAUGAAACUCACUGGGUGACCUUGGUCCAGUCACUCUCUCACAACCUAACCUACCUCACAGGGCUGUUGUUAAGAUAAAAGAGAUGUAUAUGUGUUGAGAGACAUGUACAUUGCCCUGAGCUCUCUGGGAGGAAGGGGGGAUAAACAGUGUAAUUAAUAAUGAUAAUAAUAAUAGUGCCAACCAGUGUUCCCUCUAACAGGGAUUUCCAGCUGAUGUUGACUACAACUCCCAGAAUCCCCAGCUGCAAUGGCUUUUGCUUGAGGAUUAUGGGAACUGUAGUCAACAAUAUCUAGGAAAACCCUGUUAGAGGGAAUACUGGUGCCAACCAAUUUCCUAACACUCAGCUGGGUUUUCUGUCUCAAAAACAGCAAAAGUACAUGCAAGUAGCAGUCAAGAGGCUGUUUGUUUUUGUAAUAUUCUCCAUGGGGAAUUAAUUGAUCAUGUUGAUAGUUCAAUAACUGGACUGUGUGAGGGUGUUAUGUUGGUUUCAGUUUAAAUACUUUAUUGUCAGUCAGAACGAAGCAAGGAACCAGGCUUCUGCUGUUGGGGUAGUGGGUUUAACAUGAAUAGUCUGGUAAAAGAGAAUGGUUUUCCUUUCUCUUCCAUUAAAAACAAAAACCUGUUUGUUUUGAAA